GGUCCCGCUAGCCCAGCCGGGGCGUGUUUGCGCCUGGAGUGCCGCUGUCCCUGAGCGAGGAGGACCGUGGCUGUCCGCUCGCGGGUCGGAGCGGUUGGCGGGACGUGGAGCCGCUGCUCCGGGCCUUUUCGCUCCAACGGCGCCUGGCAGAGGCGGAGGCCCCCGGGACCGGCGCUCGGUAGCUAGGAGCCCAUCCCCGCCCUGGGCUCGCAUGGGAGGUGGCGGGAGGAGCGGCCUGGGAUGUUCAGUCUGAUGGCCAAUUGCUGCGGCUGGUACAAACGGUGGCGAGAGCCCAUCAGAAAGGUGACUCUUGUGAUGGUUGGACUUGAUAAUGCUGGUAAAACGGCAACAGCAAAAGGAAUCCAAGGAGAGCAUCCUGAAGAUGUAGCUCCUACUGUUGGAUUUUCCAAAAUUAACCUUAAGCAAGGGAAGUUUGACGUCACCAUAUUUGACUUGGGAGGUGGAAAACGAAUUCGGGGCAUCUGGAAGAAUUACUAUGCUGAGUCCUAUGGGGUAAUAUUUGUUGUGGAUUCCAGUGAUGAAGAGAGAAUGGAAGAGACAAAGGAGACAAUGUCGGAAGUCCUAAGACAUCCCAGGAUAUCAGGAAAGCCUGUGUUGGUGUUGGCAAAUAAACAAGACAAGGAAGGCGCUUUGGGAGAAGCUGAUGUGAUUGAAUGUCUGUCUUUGGAAAAAUUAGUCAAUGAGCACAAGUGCCUAUGUCAAAUAGAACCUUGCUCAGCAGUGUUAGGAUAUGGGAAAAAAAUUGACAAGUCUAUUAAAAAAGGUCUCUAUUGGUUGCUACAUAUUAUUGCAAGAGACUUUGAUGCCUUAAAUGAACGCAUCCAGAAAGACACACUAGAACAGCGUGCUCUUGAGGAACAAGAAAAGCGAGAAAGGGCUGAGAGAGUGCGGAAAUUGCGGGAAGAAAGAGAACGAGAGCAGGCGGAACUUGGUGAGACGUGUGGAGUGGCCGAGUUGGACCCAGAACCAGUUAUGGUUAAUCCUUUCCAGCCGAUAGCGUCUGUGAUCAUUGAGAAUGAAAAAAAACUUGAAAAGGAAAAGAAGAAGCAGGAGCUGGAGAAAAGCAAUGAUGGCUGUUCCCUGAAACUUCAGAUGGACCAUGAACAAAUAGACACACAGAGCCGGAUCAGUGACAGCAGCCAAAAAAACAAUGAGUUUGGAAUAGCAGAAAAUUAUAAAGAGACAUUGACACAGCAGUUAGCAAAUGAGGAUGAGACAGACCAGCAGUCUUCAGAAUCAGGUGAUAAAAAUAAUUAUAACAAUAAAAAGAAGACUAAGAAACUAAGAAUGAAAAGGAGUCAUCGAGUAGAACCAGUGAAUACAGAAGAUUCAGCGCCUAAGAGUCCAACUCCACCACCACCUCCUCUUCCUGUUGGCUGGGGAACCCCCAAAGUCACUAGACUUCCAAAACUUGAGCCUCUUGGUGAAACACGUCAUAAUGAUUUCUAUGGGAAGCCACUGCCUCCUGUGACUGUGCGACAGAGACCUAACAGUGAUGCGCAUGACGUGAUCGCAUAACCUGGUCCUAUGGAUCAGCUCUCGUAGUAUCAGCAAGGUGUCCUGACACUUCCUCCUCAAGAAGAAAACCUCUGAGGGUUAAUGAUUGGGGCGAGAUGACCAUGAUGGUUUCCGGGCUCUGACUUGAUGUUUGCUCUGCAUUCUUCGUGGUUUAAAAGAGAAAGGAAACAGACUGAUCUGUAGAUUGCUCUGAGCAUUUGGACCAUAUGAACAAGAUCGAAUAUUGACCUUUUGGUUGGCACCUUCUCACUCUUGGGCAUAUUCCUGAAGGAAAAUCUCUUCAGAAAUAGAGCCAAUGGACUCUGCAUAACUUCUUUACUAUUUGUUUAAUACUCUUUAUUUCUACAUAUUAAACAUUUUUUAUAGGAUGUGUAAGAGAAUUGGGAGUUUAUUAGCCACAUUUUUAAACUAUUUUUAUAUUUUUCUAAAGCUUGGUUAGAAAUUUUAUUAUUUUACUGAAUGUGCACUUUUCUUAAAUGAUUUCUUUAAAUUGUGUCUGGAAAACAGUUAAUUUAUUUGUCAGACCAUGAAAAGUCCUCCUACAAACAGGAUAUAUUUAUAUGGCUUUAAGUAUGUUUUAUAAUGACAUGGUUUCUAAAGUGUACAUCAAAAUUUUACAUCAUCUUUAAAAUGAUACUUUUUUUUUUAUAAAGCAGAUUGAGGUUUUUAUUCUGCCAAAUUAUGUAAUUUGGAAUAAAUACUCAAGAAGAGAGUUCAGUUUUGUUGUUGUCAUUUUGUUUUCUCUUUUGAUAAUCUCAAUAAAGGAAAGGGAUUUAAAAUACCCUUUUUAUCUAAAUGUUCUGAUUUUAAUAGCUCUGUGUACUACUAAAAGUCCCAAUAAGCUCUUGUCUUAAGGGUUAGUCAUGAUCACGGACCAAUGGGCUUCCUGUCAAAAUCUAUAGUGCUUUGUUUACUCACUCCCAUCUUGCAAUUAACAAAAAGACUAGAACAGCCACUGUGGGCCCAAAGACUAACUUGGGUACCAGUGUUCAAAAUACAAAUGUUGGUUCAAACUUACUUUAGAUUUCUAAAAUAAAUUUUCAAGUUAAAAUGGUAAUACUUUCAGUGAGAUUGGCAUUUGUAAAGUUCUUUGUUCUUUUGUCAUUUAAAUAAAGUGUUAGAUGUGUAUUUUGAGUAUUAGAUUUACAACGUUGAAUUCAAUUAAAAGUAUAUGUAAGAAUACAGUAAGGCAGUUUUUAUUUCCCUUUACUAAGUCUGAUACAAGUGGUACCUUACACUGACAACAGACCUACCAAGUGUUUGAUGAUGACUUUGCUGAGUGAGUUACACAGUUUAAUACGACUACUUUUAAAGUUUUGUUGUAGAGCAUAAUUUUAUUCACAUUUUUUAAUUCACUGAGUUUUAUUAAUCAGGUUACUUAUCACUAUAGUCCACAUUGUACAGAUUCCUGGAGCUUUCACAUGGGACCUAUCUGGCACACUAAAUAAAAGCAUUCUACUGUAUAUAUAAAUGUCAUAGCAAUCUAAAUUGGAUAAGUAAGUGAAAUGUGAGGAAAACUGCCACAGUAAGACAGGAUGUAAGGAAUGGGUUUUAGUGGGAUAAUUGUAUAUUGUUUCAAUUUCUUUUGUAACAUUUAUAUAUUUUGACACUAAAUUCAUACUUUUGUCAUUUUUUAAUACUCAUCUACUUUGAGAGUAAAUGUGUUUGAAAUCUGUUUCCUACCGGGAUUUACUGUAGGUUACAGUGAUUACUAACUGCUUUUAAUGAAAAUAACAAUGAUUUUCAAAUUAAAUCCAAAGUAAUUUUAUAUAGCUCAUUAAAAUUAUUUCUAUUAUUAAAACAUGAAUAUACUUUUAAGGUAUUUUAUAAUUCCAGAUGGAUUUUAAUAAUUAAAUGGCUAUUUUGUU